CCGACCCUCUCUCUCCACGACAAACUCGAUCAUUUGCGUUUGUUUAUUUUCAAAAGCCCUCAAUAAUCGUCAACCCUAAAGGCCAUUGCCGGUCGUGUUGUUUUGUUUUAUCGUUUUCAUGGACGAGUUAAACGGUAAGAAGCGAGGUAGAGAGGAGUCCAACGAGUCGGACCUGGACUCGACCGAGGUGAAGAGACUCAGAGAUGAUUGUUGGAUCUUCUUGACGAGUCGGAUUCUUUGCCUGUUAAUCAUGAUCUCGCUUCGGUAAUGAGUUUCGAAGAGGAGAUAUCCGUCGCGCCUUCUACUUCGACGGAGUCGGUGCAGGUUGUUGAUCUUACUUCAGAUUCCGGCGAGUCGAAGCCGGAUCUCGGUUACCUUCUCGAAGCUUCCGACGACGAACUAGGUCUGCCUCCCCCAACGGCUUCCACUACGGGCGACGAGGGAAGUACCGAAGCGGCUGAUUUGGAUCGAGUCGAUUCACACUCGUCCGGAUUCGGUGAUUUGUGGGGUUCGAGGAGCAGAACCCGAACUACGAUUCCUUCGAGUGUGGAUUUGUUGAUGAUUUCAAUGUGGACCACUUCGCUUAUGAUGGAUUGUUCGAGUAUUCCGAUGUAUUUGCGACUCCGAUAUGUCCGGUCAGUUAUGGCGGCCGGAAACUCUGUCGUCGGAGUAAUAGUACGAUCAUAAUUUCUGAAAAAGGAAAAAAUCAAAGGAAGUUAAAUACAAGGCAUAUCCCAUCUGUAAAUUGUUUUUGCCCUCUCUGGGGGUUUCUUUAGAAUUUUUUAUUAAAUAUGUUACAACAUACAAUUUGGCUCA